GGCAGGUCCGCCACCACCGCAGUCCCCCCACGCAGCGCGGGCCGCGGGCGGCAGUUCCGGGCGGUGCGCGCGGGCCGGGGCGGCGCAGGAAGGGGCGGAGCCGGGGCGGAAGCGGCCGGGCCGGGUGCCUUCACUGGAUGAUUUCUACCACAGAGGUGCACUUGGAAUAUAGAGUCUGCCUCAACUUCCAUGCUGUCAAGAUUUACCCAAAUAAAAUAUCUUGUGGUGAAGAACUUCAUCUCAGGAAGAAGAUGAAAGAUAACGUCGCCGAAGAACAUUUAUAUUUGGCUUUUUCUCAUCAGUACAGAGAUAGUAUCUUUCCUCUUCAUACAUCUAUCUCUCUGUUUUUGCUAUCCUACUGUGACUGCAAAUUAUUUAAAGUUUUUUUAGUGCCAACUGGCGAAGAUGUGAGUGAUCAGUGUGUGACAAAAAACCUCGCUGGCGACCUUGAGGUCCACUUAAUCUCCAGGUGUCAGCUUCCAGUGGUUGUGCAGAGCUGCAGUUUACCUGCUGUUGUGGUGAAAGAUGACAAAUUCUGCCGAGCUGGGCUUUCUGUGGUCUUAAGACAUAUAAUACAGAAAACAUUCGAGGCAGAUCCAUCUAAAAAGGAUGUUUUGGAACUCUUGGGCUUUAAGAAGACCUGCUUAAAAGCCUGUGCUGAAGUUAGCCAGUGGACCAGGCUCUGUGAGAUCAGCAUACCUCUGGCUGUUGAAAGAUUUUUGACAGCCUCUCCUGAGCACUGCCAGGCUAUUCCUCCUGACAUUUUACUGUUGGAAAGGAAGCUUGGAGAACCUGUCCGAGUACAUAAUGAUGACAAAAUUCGAAGGCAGAAACUUCAACAACAGAAGGCAGGUGCCAAGGCUGCAGUGCCUGUGCUUGGUGAAGAAGCAACAGAGGGAUUAAGACCAAGAGAAGUCCAUGAACAUCCACCCUCAAGUUUGGAACUGAGUGUAGCUUUCUCCAAACUACUUGCCCAGGAAGCACCAGAUGCAAUCAACAGGGAGGCCCCUCACGUCAGGAGAACAAAAACUUCUGACCUUCCACUCUUGGACCAUGUUUUUGCAGAAGGGCUUUAUUUUACUGUGGCAGAUCUAGUGCUUUUGCCAUGCAUCCAUCAGUUCUUGGUUUCCAGCAAGAAACAAGUGGUGAACUUGCCACUGAUAUCCAGUUGGUAUCGAAGAGUUCAAGAAGUACCUGGGGUGAAGAGAGCUGCUGACAAGUGCAAAAUGGAGCUUCUCCAGCUUCCAGAGUUGGUGUCUCCUCCCAAGGAACAGCUACAGGACUCUGCUGCAGUUCCUGAUGAGUUAGAAGAGGAUCAUGAAGACAGCCAUUUUAUAGGUGGUCCAAGGCCAACCAUGACUAAGUUAAUGACAUUUUCUCUGUCACCCCCAGGAAAGAUGUCUCGAGACCGGGCUCUCAGGAAGCAGCAGCAGCUGAAUAAUUUGGUAGCAGCAGUGACAAAACUUGCAAAACCUGGAGAUUUGAUUGUGGAUUUUUGCAGUGGAGGGGGCCAUGUUGGUAUUGUUCUUGCUUAUAUGAUGCCAUCAUGUCAGGUGGUACUCAUAGAAAAUAAGGAGUUAUCUCUGAUCCGUGCUAAAGACAGAAGUGAUGAACUAGGUUUAAACAACAUUUGGUUCAUUCAAGCAAAUUUGGACUAUUUUAAUGGGACUUUUAACAUUGGGGUGGCCCUGCACGCCUGCGGGGUGGCCACAGACAUGGUGAUUGAGCACUGCGUCAGGGCACGGGCAGCCUUUGUCAUCUCCCCCUGCUGCUACGGCUUCAUUCAAAAUACAGUCAAGUUCAAAUAUCCACGAAGUCAUCAGUUCAAAGAAAUUUUGUCCUACAAGGAGCACAUGAUCCUUUGCAGAUUUGCAGAUCAGACAGCUGUUCAACUUCCACCUGAACGCAGGCUAAUUGGAAAGCAGUGUAUGGGACUUGUGGAUCUGGAUCGGGCAUGGGCUGCAGAAGAACAUAACUAUUCUGUCCAAGUUAUAUCUAUGGAGCCAGAGAGUUGCUCUCCAAAGAACAAUAUGUUUGUGGGCAUCCCUACUUAGAGUGUGAAGCUUGCAUUCGAUUUGAAGCUGAACAUAAAUCUUCAGUGCCUAAUGACAUCCAGCAGAUAGAGGCAGCGCUGGGAAGCAGACAUCCCGCAUCUUGAACGCAUUGCCUUCGGAAAGGGAAGCAGCCCCCAAACCCUGAAAAGCAAACUGCAUGCAGAUCAUCACAAAUCAACUUGUAAUGUGUCAUUAAGCAACUUUUGGUUCUCAUACUGAGAAGUUUCUGGAUCUAAUGACUGUGCAUGGAAUUAUAUCCAUCUGUAAAUGUUUAGAAAAACUGGCUUUGUUGAAGGAAAGGUGAUUUCCUUUUCAGUAAAGCUGUGUCUUGGCUGCUUGGAAAUUGCAUUCGUGGUCAAAACAGCGUUUGUGUUCGUAAGCAGAGCAGUUAUCAGCCAGCAGUGCUGAUCACCAGAGGAACAGAGAAGAUCAAAUUUAUUGUGUUACUGAAGAUGGCUGUGCAACAGGUGGUGGCCUGACUUUGCUAAAGAAUUCCAUACUACUGUAGGAAUAUUAUUUUUAAUAAAAGUUCAUCACAAUA